CUCGAACUACUUCGACCAUGGACGAAGCUGCCGAAGACGUCGAGUACAAGGACGACGAGUUUUUACCAGAUGACGUGGGUAGUUGGUUGUGUGGAUGCAGUUGGAUUUGAUGGGCGGGUGGGUUGGUGUGUAGCAUGAGGGAAGGGAAGCAAGCCGUGUCCUCAAAGGCGAAGGAGGUGGCCGCGACGACGACGAGGACGCCCACAAGGAGCAGCAACAUUCGAGCGAGAUGGACGACGCGCUCAUGAACAACCCGUCGCCGUCCAAGCGGCAAGCGGCCAUCGACGACCACCACCGCAAAACCCUUGCGGCCAAAGAACUGGAACUGCGGAAUCUGCACAAGCGCAUCAAUGUGUAUCGAAAGGCCAACGCCGCGCUGCAGAAAGAGUUGGAGGGUUUCCAUAACAACGACUGUAUGGCCCAGGUGGAGAACAAGGCGAGGGAAAAGCAGCUCCUGAUCGAACAGCUCUCGCACGAAAACAAGUACCUGGCCAACCUCCAGCGGACACAAGCCAAGCGCAUUGAGGAGCUGGAGGCGCUCAAGGAGCACUUCCCAUCCAAGCACCACUCGGUGAUGGAAGAGCUGCGCAUUUGCAAGGAAACGUACCGCAUGUACAAGGAACGCGAAAAGCUAGCGGACGACCGAUCCAACAAGUUGCACCAGCAGGUGGUGGACCUCACGGCCAAAAAUAAAGCUCUAGCUGACAAAAUCCGAUCCCACCACGGCAGCCAACUGAAUGCAGACGCGGGCCAGCCUGGCCACGACGACGACGACGAUGACGUGGCACAACUGCAGGUCCGCGUCGCGCUGUUGGAAAAGAGCAAACGCACGGAUAAAGACAAGUACGACCGCGUGAUUCAAACGUGCCAGGAACAGCUGGACGAGUGCAAGCGAGAGAUGGAGGCAUUCCAAGCCCAACUCCUCGACAAGGAAAAGCAACUUCGACUCCAAGUGGUGGAGUUGAAGAAACUCAAGCGCGAGCUGCGGGAACUGGCCAUGGACACUCGAGCCACGCAACACGUGGUGCAUAAGCUGGCUUAUCGACAGCAGCAGCAGCAGCCUGCAAGCCCCAAGAAAAUGCCGACGCCGCCCCCGUCCAUGGCCGACAAGAAACGAGCGUCCACGCAUGUGCGAAUACAGACGCAAAAGACGGCGGACCACGCUUCCUAGCUGCGCGAACGACUUCCACUAGGUAUCCAAGCUAUUAUUUAACCCCACGAACACACAGUCGGAAAGGAGUAGUAAGUUGUUUGUGUCG